AUGGUGAUAUUAGUGGUGGCAGCAACCACCGACCUGACAUCGUAUGGACGGGCGACAGCGCUCUCAGCUAUGGGAAAUUGGAACCCCGACGGGAUUAGAAUCCAAGUAAACGAAGAUGUGAGAUUAUUGGAGCACGAUAAAGGGAUAUCAGAGGAGGGUCAUUUAGAUAAUCGAUGUGAAAAGGUUACAUCUGAGGUUGUCGACAAGAUCAUCUUCCUCAGAAAAUACACUGCUAUCACUAAUCGCCCUGCUCUCACCAUUCACCCAAUUGGUGUGCCUCAUAUAAAAGAAGAAAAUGUUCCUCCAUAA